CUCUUGGCUGCAGCUUCCUGAUUUCACCCCCCCCCCCCCCCCCCCUGUCCCGUCCAUCACCUCCGCUUCAGGACUGGACUCUGGGUUAGAGUUGCUUGCUACCAUGGGGAGGGGGAAGAUCGAGAUCAAGAGGAUCGAGAACACGACGAGCCGCCAGGUGACCUUCUGCAAGCGCAGGAACGGGCUGCUCAAGAAGGCCUAUGAGCUCUCCGUCCUCUGCGAAGCCGAGAUCGCCUUGAUCGUCUUCUCCGCCCGCGGCCGCCUCUACGAGUAUGCUAGUAACAGCACGAGGACGACGAUCGACAGGUACAAGAAGGCUUCUGCAAGCGCUUCUGGCUCUGCUCCAGCUAUAGACGUCAAUUCUCAGCAAUACUUUCAGCAAGAAUCAGCGAAACUGCGCCAUCAGAUACAGUCCCUGCAAAAUGCAAACAGGAACCUGAUGGGCGAAUCCGUCGGCAACUUGACACUGAAGGAGCUCAAGAGCCUGGAGAACAGGCUCGACAAGGGCAUCGGCCGGAUCAGAGCAAAGAAGCACGAGCUGCUGUUCGCGGAGAUCGAAUACAUGCAGAAGCUGGAGGCGGAUCUGCAGAGUGAGAACAUGUAUCUCCGAGCCAAGGUGGCGGACGCGGAGCGGCUGGCCCUGGCGGCGCCGCCGCCGUCGUCGGGCGGGGCGGAGCUGGAGGUGCUCCCGACGUUCGACGCGAGGACCUACUACCACCACCAGGCAGUGAGCAUGCUGCAGGACGCGGCGGCGGCCUCCUCCUCCUCGCGCUACUCCCAGUCGUCCCAGGCGGCGGCGGCGGCGGCGACCACCGCUCUUCACCUCGGCUACCAGAUUAAGGGGGGCCAACUGAACUGAUCGACCGCUAGCUAGCUCCACUCGGCGGCUCGGGACGCGCGCGCGUCACGGCGGGAGAUAGCACCCGCGCUGUCGACCGAUCCAUGUCCUCUACUAGUUCGAUGGGUUUGCUGGAUAACCUACGUACGUCUACUUUAUUACCACAGUACUGUAUUGCGGUAUGCUACCUAAAUAAUUGCGUGAUGUGUGCGAAGCGAGGAAGUGUAUGUAGUACGUACGGGACGUGGCUAGUGAGUACGAGAGCGUGUGCGUAUUGUGAAGAAUGACCUGGCCUUUUAUAUAUCACAUUUGUGAGCAAGUGCA